UGUUAGGUGCCCGGUUGCCAUCCAAACCAUGAUCCAGUCAGACACCCAGUGCUGCACGUCUCCACGAGCGUCCUCCUCCGACCCGGGCCGGCAGCCCCGCAGAGCACACGGAGCCGUUCACGGUUCACCUUCACCGACCCCGGGAACCGCAGCGGAGACUGAGAGCGAGUCGCCGGGUGGUGGGCGCGCACCACUCCUGGAGUCCUGGGUCUACUACUUCUACCGCCCGGCGCCCGCUGACCUGACCCAGCGCCAGGCACCGCACCUCCACCUUUCUAUUCUACUACUACCUGCAGUGCACACAGCCAGAGGAGCCAGCCGCGAUGCUGCAGCAGCAGCCGCCGCCGCCGCACCGGCACGCCAAGACGGACUCGGAGGUGACGUCGAGCAUGGCGGCGUCGUCGCCGCCGCGGGCGGCCUACUACGUGCAGUCGCCGAGCCACGACGACGGGGACAACAAGACGGCCGCCUCCUCCUUCCACUCCUCCCCGGCCGCGUCCCCGCCGCGGUCGCUGGGGCGAGCGUCCAGGGACUCCUCCUCCUCCUCCCGCUUCUCCGCCAGCGCCAAGAGCGCCGGUGCCGCCGGACCGGGAGGCGUCGCGGCCGUCCCCGGCGGCCGGCGACGCAGCAGCCCGUGGAUGAAGGAGGCGGCCAUCGAGGAGGAAGGUCUCCUCGGCAUGGACGACGACGACGGCGACGGCUCCGGAGGCCACGGCAGCGGGAUCCCGAAGCGGGUGCGGUACGCGCUCGGCUUCGUGGGGGCCUUCUUCGGGCUCUUCUUCUUCUUCGCGCUCAUCCUGUGGGGCGCCAGCCGCAACCAGCGGCCCGUCGUCACCCUCCGCGCCGUCACGUUCCACCGCUUCGUGGUGCAGGCCGGGACCGACGCGUCGCUCGUCCCCACCGAGAUGGCCUCGCUCAACGCCACCGUCGCCCUCGUCUUCCGCAACACCGGCACCUUCUUCGGCGUCCACGUCUCCGCCGACCCCGUCACGCUCUACUACACACAGCUCCAGCUCGCGUCCGGCAAUAUAAAGUACUUCUACCAGUCUCGGAAGAGCCAGCGGAGCCUGAAGGUGGCGGUGGUCGGCGACAAGGUGCCCCUGUACGGCGGCGGGUCGGGGCUGAGCAGCACGGCGACGACGCUUCCGCCGCCCAAGAAGCGGGCGCCGCCGGUGGUGGUGCCGCCGCCGCCCGUGCCGCUGCAGCUGACGGUGCGGCUGCGGUCGCGCGCCUUCGUGCUGGGGAGGCUGGUGAAGCCCAAGUUCUACAGCGAGGCACGCUGCAGCGUCACCAUGGACCAGACCAAGCUCGGCAAGCCCGUCUCCCUCAACAAGGCCUGCACCUACACCCACUAGCUAAUACUCCUGCUGCCGUCGCCGUCGCCAUCGCCGUCGUCAUCGCCGUCGUCGUGAACUUCGCCGUUGUUCUUGAAUUCUCCGAUCUCCAUCGUGUUACACUGCCUGCGUGCGUGCGUGCGUUAUAUCUGGAUUGGAUGGGAGCAUUGUUGGUCGGUUGUGUUUGUACAGAGGAAUUUUUGGUAUUGGAGAGUUUUGUUGAGAUGGAAUAAGAAUCAAACCUUUCUUGAUA